CGGGCAACCGCACCCAGCCCGCAGACCCUCUGGUCCGCAGCUGUCGUCUCUGCUUUAGCCUCAGCCGCCGCGGGUCGGAGAGGUGCCUCGACCGCCUCUCUAGUGUCCCGCUGAGUCGCCUCCACCGCCGGGUCCUUCUCCUCCACGUGGCCACCUAAAACCGCUGCCAUGCCGGUGACGGUGACCCGCACGACCAUCACGACCACGUCGUCCUCCACCGUCGUGGGGUCCCCACGGGCCCUGACCCAGCCCCUGGGCCUGCUCCGCCUGCUGCAGCUGGUGUCCACCUGUGUGGCCUUCUCGCUGGUGGCCAGCGUGGGUGCCUACACGGGGCCCAUGGGACACUGGGCCAUGUUCACCUGGUGCUUCUGCUUUGCCGUGACCCUCAUCGUCCUGGUGGUGGAGCUGGGCGGGCUGCAGGCCCACUUUCCCUUGUCCUGGCGCAACUUCCCCAUCACCUACGCCUGCUACGCUGCCCUCUUCUGCCUGACGUCCUCCAUCAUCUACCCCACCACCUACGUGCAGUUCAUGUCCCACGGCCGCUCCCGUGACCACGCCAUCGCUGCCACCACCUUCUCCUGUGUGGCCUGCCUGGCGUACGCCACCGAAGUGGCCUGGACCCGGGCGAGGCCAGGCGAGGUCACCGGCUACAUGGCCACCGUGCCCGGGCUGCUGAAGGUGCUGGAGACCUUCGUGGCCUGCGUCAUCUUCGUGUUCAUCAGCGAGCCCCACCUGUACCAGCGCGCGCCGGCCCUGGAGUGGUGCGUGGCGGUGUACUCCAUCUGCUUCAUCCUGGCCGCCGUGGCCAUCCUGCUGAACCUGGGCGAGUGCACCAACGUGCUGCCCUUCCCCUUCCCCAGCUUCCUGUCGGGUCUGGCCCUGCUCUCCGUGCUCAUGUACGCCUCUGCCCUGGUGCUCUGGCCCCUCUACCACUUCAACGAGAAGUACGGGGGCGAGCCCCGCAGGAACUGGGACUCGGGCUGUGGCUCCAGACACACCCACAACGUGUGCAUCUGGGACCGCAGGCUGGCGGUGGCCGUCCUGACAGGCAUCAACCUGCUGGCCUACCUGGCUGACCUGGCGCACUCUGCCCGCCUGGUGUUCGUCAAGGUCUGAGACUCCCAGGGGCUCGCGUGUCCCUCCGUCCCACCCCUGCGUUCUUCUCCCCGAGUUUCCAUUGCUGAGACCUUAUUCCCUCUUCCUUUCUUCCCAAUCUCCCCUCUCCCUGCUCUACUUCCUGUUUCCUGCUCCCUUCCUCUCUCUGGCUCCUUCCCUUCCUGUUGGCUUGGGUGCCCACACCGCUGGUCUGUCUCUCCCGACCCCGCCCCUUGCUCCAGUCUCUCCCCUCGGUUCUGGUCUCCUGCCUGACUCAAGGGUCUUCCUGUUUCCUCCGGUGCCCAGCGACUCUCCCCAUCCCCCACCUCACCUCCAAAGGUGCUGAGCUCCACACGUCCACACCCUCUCCGCAGCUGUUCAUGCCACGGCCUCUGGAGAGGCCUCAUUGCCAAAGCAUGCCUGCCCGCCCUCGCUGUGCCUUAGCCAUGUGUGUGUGUAUGUGCUGGGGGGUUGGCUAGGGAUUGGGUCCCCUUUCCCCUGGUGGAGGAGGCUAUACAGUGCAGCUCCUCUGAGUUACAAAAACAUUAGGUCAUUAAUUCCCGGCGGGUGGGAGGCUUCAGCACAGACCCUGUUAGCCCUGCCUAGGGCUGCUUCCAGAAUUUUUCCAGGCUUUUUAAAAACCCACUGCCUAGAGGCCAUCUGAGAAGGAGCAGGAGGUGGAUGUCUUUCAUCCCAGCUGCCUUUGUGCUAGCGAGAAAAUAAGGGAGUCGGUCCUACAGACACAACCGUCUGAAGUAUUUGUGAGGGACAGGAACUCUCCGGCCUCAGUGUUAAAAAUAAUGUGUCCUGCUUCGGCAGGGCUGGGUGGGAAAGGCUACUGCCAGCCUUAAAGGCAGCCGCCUGGCUUUUUCUCCUUUUUUUUUUUCUGGUCACAGGGCAAAAAAUACUGGGUGGUCCUAUUCUGUAAGGGGGAAGACGUUUCUUAUCAGUUUUUCUUUGCUUUUGGGCGGGGGAGGUUGCUGCUGCCUCGACCAGAGGAAUGGCAUUGCAUGUGUAUGCUGCACACACGCGUCUCUGUGUUAGUCGCUUCUUGCUGCUACUUCCUGCUUCUCGGGGACUCACAUGCAUACCGUGAUAUACAUAAAUGUAUAAAUAUAUAUUUUAUUUUUUUUUUAAUUUCCUGGAGCUUUCAGUCCCUGUAGCUCCUGCUGUCAGUCAUAGAAGUCUUAUCCCUUCCCUUACUCCCACAUUCACAAUGUUCUUUUUUAAAAAAUCUUGACAUAAAGAUAAAAAAGAGGA